AUAAGGCAGUGGCACCUUUUAUGCACAUGAUGUGAACCCACUAGUUCACUGUAUGCCAGCGAAAACUCGCGCCAAGGCUUCGGGUGAAAGGAAAACCACAUGCAUAAUACAGUGCGUCUACAGAGGGAAGAAGUUGCGUCAGAUAACAGGAAUAGACCUCCGACAUUACCUACUGUUUGUAAACUAGCGGACAGUUAGUUUCAGAAAAUGUAUUUUUUAAGCCUCCUGGCGAACAAUGUCAUCGGCCUCUUGCUGGGUCUCAUAGUUCUGGUGUUAUUUUGGAAGAAUAUGGGGAAAAAAAGCAACACGGCAAGACUACCGCCGGGUCCGUCACCAGUCCCAAUCCUAGGAAAUAUUCUUCAGGUGGAUUUAAAACAACCGUACAAUUCCUUCUUAAUGCUCAGUAAGAAGUAUGGCUCAGUCUUCACUGUGUGGCUUGGCCCCAAACCAGUGGUUGUGCUGUCUGGGUUUGAGACCCUUAAGGAAGCUCUUGUGAACCAGGGGGAAGAGUUCAAUGGCCGGACCGGUUACCCAGUACUUGUUGAAGUCACCAAAGGUUUUGGGGUGAUGGUGAGCAGUGGUGACCGUUGGAGGCAUCUACGGUGGUUCUCCAGCAUGACCAUGAAGAACUUUGGAAUGGCUUGGAGGAGUAUUGAAGAAAGGGUACAAGAGGAGGCCGGGUUUUUGAUCAAAGCCUUCAGUGAACAUGGAGAUUCUGUCUUCAACCCUAACAACCUCUUGUGUAAUGCCGUAGCCAAUUUGACCUGCUCCAUUGUCUUUGGCCAGAGGUUUGAAUACAGUGACCCACAGUUCAAGUUCCUCCAACAGGGCCUUGAUGGCUAUUUUAAUUUUCUCAACAGCUCCAAAGGCCAGCUCUUCAACGUGUUUCCCAAACUAGGGAGGUGCCUGCCUGGGCCUCACCACCAGCUCUUUAAACACAUUGAGAGUAUUAAAGAGUUCUUUAAACAGGAAGCUCAGCGACGCAUGAAAAGCCUCAACACCGACUCACCUCAGGACUUCAUUGAAGCGUUUCUGGUUCAAAUACUGGAGCAGGGAGACAAGCCUGGCAGUGAGUUCCACUUUGACAACCUAGUGGGUACAAUUUGGAGCUUUUUUGCUGCAGGAACAGAAACCACCACCGCCGCACUGAGGCAGGCCUUACUGCUAAUGAUGAAGUACCCUCACGUCCAAGAACGGGUUCAGAAGGAGAUUGAUCAGGUGGUGGGCUCCAUCAGAACCCCCUCGCUGCAGGACAGACAGAAUAUGCCCUACACUGAUGCCGUCAUUCAUGAGGUCCAGCGGUCUAUGGACCUCGCCCCUGCUUCUGUUCCGCACAAAAUGAUGAGUGACACAGAAUUCAAGGGCUACUGCAUUCCUCAGGGUACAAUGGUAUUACCUCUACUGUCGUCUGUUCUGUCCGACCCAAAACUUUGGAAAAACCCUGAUGUGUUUGACCCAGAAAAUUUCCUGAAUGAGAAUGGGAGCUUCAAGAAGAAUGAUGGGUUCCUGGCAUUUGGACUAGGGAAACGAGCCUGCCUGGGGGAGGGACUGGCUCGGGUGGAGCUCUUCCUCUACUUCUCGACCCUCCUCCAACGGUUCACCUUCACAGCAACACAGCCCCCGGAAGAGCUCGACAUCAACCCUGUCUGCCGUAGCUUUAUAAAAUUGCCACCCUUGUACACCUGCUACGCCAAACUCAGAGAAUAAGUGCAAUGCCCACAACAUGACCAUUCAUUAAAAUUUAAAGUGACCUUUCUCCAUAGCCCAAUCCAUUUAUGUAUCUAUAAUAUAUAAUCUGUCAAGGGGUGUAGUAAGUGCUGGAACAGCAAAUAAGAUCAAGAUCACUGGCAAAACACAACUGAAAUACACAUGGCCAUCUACAGGGGUACGCAGAGCUUGAAGAUACAAUAGCAUUGGCAUAUUGAACCACUGAGAUUGCUGCAAUAUGCGUGUUGUAGUAUUCUCAAAUGUCUUGCAAUCUUGUUUAGCAGUCUAAAUUUCAAAAUGUUCCAAUACCGUAGUUAUCAGUAGUUAUGUUCUUGUAUUGUUGCUCUGUUAAUCUGAAGCAAACGUAUGAUCAUUCAAAAACUCAGAUGGGAGUCUAAAAUCAUUUUGACAGCCCAACAACCGUCAAGCAGAUGGAAAUCAAAUGCACUGUUAGAUUGUACGACAUAGCCUACUAAUGUUACAAGUUGUAAUGAGAUUUGAAGAGAUUUUCUUAGUGACCAUAUAUACUAUGUAUACACUUGUUCUAUUUGGAAUAUGCUUUCAUUGUAUCUUAAAGCUUUUUCACAUGCGGUAAUUGCUUUCUUUACUCACAACCUUGUUGUUAUAUAUUCGCUAUGCAAUAUCUUUUCACGAGUUGCACAAGUGAUUGUUAAAUAAAAAAGCAAGUACAUUUUCAUUAUGGUUACAACACUAUACAAUGAAUAUCUGAUCCAUUAAAUGGGAUAAUAUCAAAUUUAAGAUGCAUUUUAUCAAUAUUUUGUUAUUAAUAGACGUUCCCCUGUAGGUGUAGGAAAAUUUUGAGACUCCCCAUGAUUGAGAUGACGUCGCAUGUAAAAGUUAGGGUAUUCCCAUCAAUGUUGAUCAAACUGUUUCCUCCAACCCCCGAUGCUUCAUGAUAAAAAUAUAUCACAUGUAUAACUAUACACUCAUAUAAUCAACAUGUAAUCCAAUAAACCUAUAUCAGUAGUUGCAGCUAAGCUUAUGGAAACGCAAGAAACCACAGUAUCCACUGUAGAAAAAAAGCAAACGCAGAAGGCUUAAAAAAAACACAUUUACUCACUCAGCAGAAAACACUAACCAAAUACUAAUCAUACACUAGUGCCAAAAAACUUCAGCAGAUAACACUAACCAAAAACUAAUCAUACACUACUGCCAAGAUACAGCAGAGAACAAUAAUCCAAAACUAACAGAACGCUAUUGCCAAAUAAAAGUGCUAGAAGACUAAUAUUUUUACAGUGACCCUUAUGUAAACUGAAUACAAAUGGCAAAUUACAGGAGGCUAUAAACUCUGUAACUUGUAUGCUUAAAGGAAAAUUACAGAAUAAAGACUAAUAUUUGUUUAAGGGAAAGUUGGGGUAACAUUCCACAAUAACGUUAUCAUCUAAGAACAGAAAAUCAUUGUGGUGCCAAGAAGGUCAGGCUGACCCAAGAGCAGGAAAUUAAAAUCAUUGUGGUGCCAAGAAGGACAGAUGGUUGGUAUUUUAAGAAAUGUGUUAAGGGGAGUUGUGGGGUACAUUUGUGUAUAAAAUGAAUGUAAAACUGACAAUCGAGGUUCAAUUCGGCUGAAUUGAUCCGGCUUUGUGCACCUGUGCAAAUAAAGUCUAACUUUUC